CCACUUUGCAGAAAUUUUUGAUCCGUUGGUGAAGUAAGUUGUCGGACAACUGGCGUGUUGAUCGAAAGCUGGCCCUUCUCUAAUUUUCCCAGCAGGGAGCCUGUGGAUAGGUGCUGGAGUGUCUUUACAGAGAAAUAUCUCCCUGGAGAAGUUUGUUUUUGCGAAAGUGAGCCCUUAGCUUAGUUCGUAGCAGUGUCGGUAUAGAUCACGCAAUGGCGAAGCCGCGCGUUCUGAUUCUUGGAGGUUGCGGAUUUGUGGGGCGGAAUCUCGUGGAAUACCUAGUUGACAAUGAAUUUUGUUCGAAGAUUCGCGUUGCGGACAAAGUGCCAACUCAAACAGCAUGGCUGAAUGAGAAGCACAAGGAGUGCUUCGAGAAGGUCGAAUUUAAGUCUGCCAACCUCGUCAAUCCAGCUAACAUGGACCGUGUCUUUGAUGACGCUGACGGUGGAUGGGACUUCGUUUUCAACCUUGCUGCGGAAACUAAAUACGGCCAGACCGAUGAGGUCUAUCACGAGCGUGUGUUCAUGAUCACACAGAACGCCGCACAGGAGGCUGCAAAGCGUGGUGUAAAGCGAUUCAUUGAGGUUUCCACGGCCCAGGUCUACAACAGCGAUAAGGAUGUCAGCACGGAAAGCAGCAAGGUAUCGCCGUGGACUGCCAUCGCUAAAUUUAAGCUCAAGGCGGAGGAGGAGUUGGCAAAGACAGCUGGGCUCAACUACGUCAUUGUACGGCCUGCCGUCAUCUACGGUGUUGGUGACCGCCUCAGUCUCACACCAAGACUUAUCAUCGGUGCUGUGUACAAGCAGCUUCAGGAAGUCAUGAAGCUCCUGUGGACCAAGGACCUGCGGAUAAACACAGUUCACGUGACCGAUGUAUGCCGUGCCCUAUGGCACUUGCGUGACGCCUCAGAGAGCGGACAGGUCUUCAACUUGGCUGACAAGACAGACACCUCGCAAGGCGUUGUCUCAGAGCUUGUAUCACAGAUAUUUGGCAUCAAGCACGACUACGUCGGAUCAGUGAUGUCGAACCUUGCAAAGGUGAACAUGAGCAGUGUUGUCGAGGAUUCCAACGAAAAGCACAUGGUACCUUGGGCAGAUGCCUGUCAGAAGGAUAACAUUGAGAAUACGCCUCUGAGUCCCUUCCUCGAUCAGGAGCUUCUGUACAACAAACAUUUGCACAUCGAUGGCUCCAAGAUCGAGGGCACUGGAUUCUCCUACGAGGUUCCUCAAAUCACAGAAGGAAAACUGCGAGAGGUUGUCGAUGACUACGUCAAGCUCCGUCUGUUCCCCGCUUCGCUUGUUCCUUGAGCAAUGAUCUAGCGUCCUAUUCUCUUCACGCCUUUCUGAAAACAAAACUUAUUUAUGCUUUCCCUUCCUGCGAGGUAGGUUUUAUGCGCUCAGAUCUCUCCCUUUGCUUGUCUCCGUUGCUUGUCGUAUCUCGCUUACGUACCUUCCCCUCGUGAUAUCGAGGUGGAUGUGUGCUCGCGCAGAAGCUUUUACCGGCCUAUAUUAUACUUAUAUCAUUGUCCUUAAGAAUGUCUAAAUCUCGUCGUGCUUUAUUUUGAUCAAUGUCCCCCCUCCUGAGCCUGACAUCUUCCUGUAUUCCGGUGCUGCUGUACCACUCAGCUUGAUUUCGUAACUCUAUUUAUAGGUCAUUGCACAGCAGCGAGGGCCCUGUGGCUUCUUAGUACCCGACGGCAAGCCUGGAAGGAGCGAACGAGCCAUUCGGCCCGAACUGACAUGCACUGGCUUUUUUAGAACUAGGUUGUUAUUCUCGUUGCCUAGCAGCUGACCAAGCAGAUACUUUCCCAACGAGGUCACACAAUUUAAACAAACUACAUGUAGAAUUACUUUAGAAAAGAUUCUGCAUUGUAUAUUGCAGUUUUUUUGUGUAGUGCUGUUCAAUUCUAAAGAUGGUAAAACCGAAGUGCAGCCUUA